UAGGAAGGUGGCGAGCGGAGCGAUUGGCCAAUGGGAGGGCGGCGGGCGCGCUGAGGCGGUGGCGGCGGCUGAGGAGAGCGGGGACCCAGGCGUCCGGGUGACCCCGUGACCCCCCCCCAUAGGGGACCCAGGCGUCCGGGUGACCCCGUGACCCCCGCGAUGCUGUCGGUCAAGGUCAAGGUGGAGAAGCCGGACCUCGAAGCCACCUCCGCCCGCAGCCGUUUGGACGCCGUCCUGCAGGGGCUGCUCGAGCGCAGCCACGGCCCCCGGGAGGCAUCGCCUACGGCCCCGGGAAAGAGGCCCUCGGGCCGGUUCCCGCAGCAGCGGCGCAAGAAGCGACGGGAGGCCGACGAGGGGCCCGAUCCUGCCCAGCAGCGCCCCAGUACGUACGUGAUCCGGCUGUUCGAGCGCAGCGUUGAACUGGGGCAGUUCCCGGACGAGACCCCCCUGUACCCCGUGUGCCGGGCCUGGAUGCGCAACUGCCCCGUGGGGCGGGGGCAGGGGGCGGAGCCUCGCCCGGCCCCCGCCCACCACCGAGGCCCCGGUGCAUGCUGGGAAGGGGGAGGAUGUAUACGAGCUGCCCCCCCCCGCCCCCCCCCGGCCCCCCCCGCAUCCCCUCCCCCCCUCGGGCCCGAUCCGGAUGCCCCUCCCCCUGAUCAGGUCCAUGACCCCGCCCCCUCCAUGUCGUCGCUCAUUUACAAGAACAUGGAGCGAUGGAAACGGGUCCGACAGAGGUGGCGGGAGGCGGGCCAGCGGCAGCAGCAGCGCUACGCGAACAGCCUGAGGCUCCUGCGCAUCAUCUACGAGCGCCAGUAGCCACGCCCCCCUCAGGCCACGCCCCCUAAUGCCACACCCCCCCCCGAGGUCACGCCCCCAAGAGGCCACACCCCCCCCCACCUUCUUCCAUCAUCCCUCCCAUUGCUACCUAUGGGAGCAACAAGCCCCGCCCCCAGCGUGGCCACACCCCAGACCACGCCCCCAAGAGGCCACACCCCUAUUGGUAACGCCCCCAUAGGCCACACCCCCAACAGGCCCACACCCCCAAAACCUUCACCCCAUUCCUCUCAUAGCCACCUAUGGGGAGCAGCAAGCCCCGCCCCUCAGCGUGGCCACACCCCAGACCACGCCCCCAAGAGGCCACACCUCCGAGUGGCUACGCCCCCCAUAGGCCACGCCUCCAAGAGGCCACACCCCCAAGACCCCUCCAUCAUGCCUCUCAUUGCCACCUAUGGGAAGUAACAAGCCCCGCCCCUCAGCGUGGCCACACCCCAGACCACGCCCCCAAGAGGCCACACCUCCGAUUGGCUACGCCCCCCAUGAGGCCACACCCCCAAGAUCCCUCCAUCAUCCCUCCCAUUGCCACCUAUGGGAAGCAACAAGCCCCGCCCCUCAGCGUGGCCACGCCCCCAAUAGGCGACUCCCCAUUGGCUACGCCCCCAUGGGCCACACCCACAAGAGGCCACACCCCCAAAACCUUCCCCCAUUGCCAUAUAUGGGGAGCAACAAGCCCCGCCCCUUAUCUUUGCCACACCCCCUUAACCCCAUCGCUCCCAUUGGCGCCCACCCGAGGCCACGCCCCCUGUAAGCCCCACCCCCUCCAUAAAGGUUCUUCACCUCC